UUGAUUUCUGGCGCGGGGAGUCCGCGCUCCGCGUGGGGUGCGGGUUGCUGAGCUCGGCGCCCGGAGGGGACUUGGUUUUCUGCGGUCGCAGAGUUGGUCCUUCCAGAAUGGCCAGGCUGUCCGAGGGAGGGUCUGGGAGAUAGUAAGUGCUGUGCGGACAGGACUGGAGCGGUUGCAAACCUCAGGCCCUCAACCUGUGCCUGGCGGAGUUCUCUUUCGCUUGUGGGCACGGACGAUGCUCUUCUUCAACAGCUGGCCGAUGCUAUGCUCAAGGAGGACUGCGCCUCCACGCUCAAAGUCCACUUGGCACAGUCUCUACCUCUGCCCUCCAAUGUGAAUCGCCCUCGAAUUGACCUGAUUGUGUUCGUGGUCAACCUUCACAGCAAAUACAGCCUUCAGAACGUGGAGGAGUCCUUGCACCAUGUGGAUGCCACCUUCUUCCUGGGAAAGGUGGGCUUCCUCGCCACAGGCGCUGGACAGGACAACCACUGCAGCAUUCACCGGAACACUGUGCUGAGGCUGGCCCACACCUACCGGAGCCCCCUGUUCUUCUGUGACCUGGAGGUGGAAGGCUUCCGAGCCACCAUGGCGCAGCGCCUGGUACGCAUGCUGCAGAUCUGCGCUGGCCACGUGCCGGGCGUGUCGGCCCUGAACCUGCUGUCGCUGAUGCGCAGCUCCGAGAACCCCUUCCUGGAGGACGUGUGAAGCCGCCAGGCUGCCCUGCCCACGGCCGUGGGGACCAUUCACUGUUGCUGAAGACCACAUCAGGGCUUGGCAGGCCCUGGGGCAGCGGUGGCCUCCCGUGGGAACCAAACUCCGCAGUGCUCCAGCCAGCACAGUGCUCGGCGGGGAGCCCAGCUGGUUGGGAUCGCCCCCUCCCGUGCUCACUCCCAUUGCAGCGCCCUGUGUCUUUAUCCAUCUGAGGCAUUCCAUCUCCACUUAAGACUUCAUUUAAACAAAGGGUCUGUGGCUGAAAACAGUUGGAAAAGCACUGGUUUCCUGAACCACUUUGAUUUUGCCCAUGAACUGACUCAGAAAAAUUAGGAGUAUGGUGGGGGAGGGGCACUUGAGCUCAGUCUGACUCCACGACCAACCUGGCUUUGCCAUUCUUAGAGAACCUGGUUCUUGCCUCUUGGAGCCUCAGUUUUCCCUAGGUGAAAGUGAAGGCCGUUGUGCCUUGCGUUGUGGGGACUGAAUGAAAUGACAGGUGAAGUGUCUAAUUUGGUGUUACCCCCUAUGUUUGCUUGUAUGCUGAUAGUUUCAUAAUAAAUUGUGUUAAUGCCUCAAA